CAAAAGUGUCAUAUUUACAUCUCUACUUUUCAUCGUGGAACUUAAGUCCAAGUAUUUCCCACCUUAUUUUGCUCCUAACCUUUGCAGCCUUUUAUACUACAAAGGUUAUUUCUACAUCCUCUUUCUGUGGACUGAAACUUCUUUUUAUAAGGAAAUGUUCAGAAUGUGACGGCAUCAUGUCCUUCAACUUCGGACGCAGGCUGUACACCAGUAUCUGGGACACAGCACAUCCUCUGCUUGGGCGUGAGCUCCUGAACAGCCGCAUGACCUUUUUCUUCGAAUCACCGAGCACAAGAAAUUGGUUCCGAAGAUUUCUGUUCAAUACCCAUGUGCGGAAGAUAUCAUCAUUGCCGCCGCGGACGAGACAUAUUACCAAGCGCUUUGCAUCUGGUAGCUUUCUUAUGCUCGGGGUUUCCCCGAGUCCAUGUGCAGUAGAGGCUGGAACAUCUUGCGCAAUCGGUCCAGAGAAAUUUAUCUCGCAAAAUCACUUACUGGAUAGGAAGUUUGUUUGCGCGUCACUUUACACAUGGAAAAGAGGUUUGCACACAAAAAAGGAUGAUUGGACAAAGUCAGAACACUCGAAUGAGCCUCUCGGCAAUGAUAACAAUACAUCUCCCUCUCCGUCUCGGGAAACUGCGGAUAGCGAUACUCGGUCUGGGAAUUUGAAGCCAAAAGAGGAGCACUUUGAGGGAUUCACAAGCCGGCACAUCAUGAACCGUCUACCCCACAUGUCACAUCUGCAUCGACCUACGAAAGAAGAACUGCUAGCUGCAGCCAAUGGCUUUUGGUCUCGUUUGAAAGUACGGUUCAAGUGGUUCUCUAUCCGUAGCGUCCGUCCCUUCAAUUUUGACGAGAUUACUGCACUCUUUUCAUGGGUGCUGCUGGGUCAUGUUGUAUGGAUCGUCCUAGGGACCACCACGUUCUUCUCGCUGUUGAUAAUCGCGAUAAAUACGGUGCUGGCUCAAGAAACACUGGCAGGGUGGGUGGGCAAUUACCUCACCAAAUCAUCGGGUGUGAAGGUUGUCUUUGAAUCCGCUAUUGUGCCUAAAUGGAAGGACGGCGUCAUAACCUUCAAAAACGUGUUCGUCUCGAGACGACCGGGACAGGGAACAGGGCACGUCAGUAAGGGUUCGUCGAAGACGGCAGCUGCCGUAGCUGCCGCUGCCGCCCUGAGCGGGAGUUCUAGCCCUGAGCCAUUUCCGGAUCACCAAUCGAUACCUGAUGAGGAGGACACGAAUUACACACAGUUUGACGUGUCCAUUGAGACAGUUAACGUUACAUUGUCUUUCACGAAAUGGAUCAAUGGAAAAGGGCUUCUGCGCGACGUCGAGGUCAAAGGAAUUCGAGGAGUUGUCGACCGAAGAUCUGUGCAUUGGUCGGACGACCAUUUGGAUCCAAAAUCUUAUCGACACGAACAUCAUCCUGGAGAUUUUGAGAUUGACUCGUUCAAGAUGAGCGAUGUCCUUGUUACGGUCUACCAGCCGGGUAACUUCAGACCUUUCUCUGUGAGUAUAUUCUCAUGCGAUCUUCCACAACUGAGAAAGCAAUGGCUUCUCUAUGACUUCAUGUCGGCGAACAUGAUGACAGGGUCUUUCGACAAUUCCUUGUUCACUAUUCACCCGCGGCAAAGUCACAGCUUUGCGGGUGCCGAGAUGGAUAAUAAAAUUGAAGCGGAUGGCAAACCCAGCCCAUGGAAAAAGCACAGCAGGAUACGAAUCGAUGGGUUAAACAUCGAUCAUCUCAAUCGGGGGUACAAGGGAACCGUUGAUAUCGUUGCCGACAUCAUGUUUCCAGCGGAAAAUGACGAAAGUCUGGCGCAAGUAAUGGCCGGCCUUUACGAUCGGUUAGAAGCAACCGUCAUAUCCAACCAAUAUCAUGAAUCAGACUCAGGCCGUCAACCUGGAAUGGACGAUACUGCUUCGAGCGACGAUAGACGCUUUUUAGUCACUGAUCUGCGGCUUCAGUUGAACAAUGUUAGGGCAGUGGUGCCUUUGUUUACCCGAGAUCUUUCGUACAUAAACAACGCGCUGAUACGCCCCAUUGUGGCCUACAUCAAUUCGAGGCGAACUUUCAUUCCCAUCCAUUGCCGUCUUGUCAAACGACUUGCAGACUUUGACGGUAGUUGGACGACCUUUGACAGCGGGCUCAUGGAUGACCUUUCGGCCGCGGUAUAUGACGCAUUUGCGCGGGACGUGGUUGAUGAGCAAGCGCGCAAACGGCGCUUCAAGAAGGUUGGCUUCUGGUCUCUUCAGCUGGCCGCUCAGGCAAUAUUCAUGGGAAUGGCGGGAAAUAUAGCAUGAGUUAUGUAUGUAUCAUCUUAUGUAUUUCUAUGGCGUUACACUGGGUUUCUGGGAAGGAAAGCAGAUCAUUGCGGCACGGGGCGUUAUAGAGACAAUCCCCUCCAAUUUUAUAUCAAGCCCUCUAAGGACAGACCAGACCUGUGUACUAGUCCUUUUCCCUGUUAAACACUUACUGUUUAGAGCAAACCCUCGCUUUCUCCUUUUGGACUUGUUACCAGUGUCUCAUCUCUCUGUGUUGAGCCCCGAGAUUCUACAGCUAGUAAUGGCCAAGAUCCUGGAAAAAGAC